AGUGUGGAGAGUCCUGGUCAGAGUAUUAAUAUUAAUGUUUGCAGAACAUGUCAAAGGUGCAGCUGAAACACAAAGUCAGCUCGUGCAUAGAUGACAACAAAACAAAGCUCCACAGCCUCAGUCAGGACAUCUGGAGCUGUCCUGAGCUGGCCUACCAGGAGGUCAAGUCUCACGACAGACUGGUGGCCUUUUUCCAUCAGGAGGAAGGCUGGCGGGUCGACAGCCACUUCAAACUGGACACAGCGUUCAGGGCCUGUUGGCACUCUGCGGGCGUGGCUCAGGGUCACGAGGUCAGCCUGGGUUUCCUGUGUGAGUAUGACGCCCUGCCUGGGAUUGGCCACGCUUGCGGACACAACUUGAUAGCCGAGGUUGGAGCUGCUGCAGCUAUCGGCCUCAAAGCCACGCUGGAAGAUGAACACAAACUCCCCGUCCAGGUGAAGGUGACAGUGCUGGGGACUCCAGCGGAGGAGGAUGGUGGAGGGAAGGUCGACAUGUUGAGGGAAGGAGCGUUUGAGGGUUUGGAUGUGGUGUUCAUGGCUCAUCCAUCAAAGGAGGAUGCCACAUACCUUCCCUGUGUGUCCGAGCAGGAUGUUACAGUGAAGUAUCACGGGAAGGCAGCUCAUGCCUCAGCCUACCCCUGGAGGGGCAUCAACGCUCUGGAUGCGGCUGUGCUUUGCUACAACAACCUGUCUGCUUUCCGACAGCAGAUGAAACCCGACUGGAGAGUCCACGGCAUCAUAAAGAACGGAGGAGUGAAGCCCAACAUUAUCCCUGACUUUACUGAGCUGGAGUAUUAUCUGAGAACCCCGUCAAGGACUGAACUUCCCAUCCUGAAGGCCAAAGCCGAGAGCUGUUUUCGUUCAGCGGCCAUGGCAACGGGCUGUGAGGUCGAAAUUGAAUUUACCAGAAACCAAUAUGACAACAUCCUACGGAACUCUGCUCUGGAGGAGCUCUAUGAGAGGAACGGCACAGCUCUGGGGAUGACCUUCACCACUGAUGAAGAUGUUCUCAAGAAUGAAUCUGGCUCCACAGACUUUGGGAAUGUGACAUUUGCUGUUCCUGGCAUCCAUCCAUACUUCUACAUUGGCUCUGAUGCCCUAAACCACACAGCUGAGUAUACAGCUGCUGCAGGCGAUGAGAGAGCUCAGUUCUUUGCGCUGCGGGUGGCGAAGGCUCUAGCCAUGACAGCUCUGGAUUUGCUGCUAGAUCCAGAGUUGCUGCAGAAGGUGAAGCAGGAGUUCAUGGAGACUAGAAGAAGGGAGGAACAGAGAUAGAAGAGGGGGGAAGGGAGAAACCAUUGGGGAAUUGCUGAUACAGGUGGGAAAGCUCCAGAUGGGAUCAUUGUUAAGAAACUGCUUUCAUAAUGACAAAAUGAAAAAAAAGUAAUAACUUAAAUAAACCCACCACUGUGAAAAGGUUA